AUUGAGAUUUGACCGUAUCCCUAAAAAAAGUCCGUACUAAAUACCGGCUGUUAUGUCCACCUUAUUCGAUCUAUCUGACCCGCAGUCGUUGCAUAAAACUAAUAUAGAUGUAAAUAGAUCACGUUAAAUUUCCGCGCGCCACCUAACAAACAACGGUAGCAGCUGCAGCGGAAAUGGUCGGUGCGUUCUAACGGAGACGACAGUCGGUCCUUUCAUCUUGCUCUUGAGUGCCCUUGAUUUUAGAACGUUUAUUUGGACUAAGUAACAGCUACUCAAACACUUAACGCUAAUCGGCUACAGUGUAUUUGAAUCUGGACAAUAUGGUGACGGAUUCGGUGUUAGCGAAACCGUUGUGCUUGCAUGUUCCCUGCUGUGUUCAGAAUUGAGUGCCCGUGUGUUUAGGCACUCUGAACCGGGAAGGACUAAAAUUCCAAGAGAUCAUCAGAUUCAAUAAGGUUUAUCGGAUAACAAAGCUAUCUCAUUCAACACAAGUACGGCAACAGGUGUUUCGAGACGGCAGUCGUUGAAUAAGCGAAUGUCAGGCUCUAUUCAAAGAAUGAUCCAACAAAGCUUCGGAGGGGGCGAUUCACACAAUGGCACAAGUCCAAAGGCUGGCGGGACAAUGCGGGAGACCAUGUCUCCACUUAAACUAUUUGUUAAGGCCAAGAAACACAUUAAUGCUGGCUUCUGUGAUAUCGCGAGGUAUGUCACUGAUGGGCAGGAGUUCUUAAAGGCACUUAACAAUGACCUAGGGAUUAUUAACGCAGAUGAUAAAGCCCUCGUCGGAAGCUUCAUCGAAAAAGUCCGAGGCAUCAGAGAUGUUCUGGCUAGAGAUCACAUGAAAUGUGUCUUCUUUGGACGGACAAGCAACGGAAAAAGUACUGUGAUCAAUGCCAUGCUCCAGGACAAAAUUCUUCCUUCCGGACUUGGUCAUACUACCAACUGUUUCCUUCAGGUUGAGGGUAGCAAAUCAAAUGAUUCGUAUCUGACCACGGAAGCUUCCACUGUUCGACAAAGUGUGAAGUCCGUUCAGCAGUUGGCAAAUGCUCUCAACGGGGAAUCCCUAGAUCACAAUGCCCUUGUUCGUAUUUAUUGGCCACCAGACCGGUGCAAUCUGUUGCGGGACGAUGUAGUCCUUCUCGACUCUCCCGGCGUCGACGUAUCUCCGAAUGUUGACGACUGGAUUGACAAGUACUGCCUUGACGCUGAUGUUUUCGUCAUUGUGGCCAACGCGGAAAGCACGCUGACAACAACGGAAAAAAAAUUUUUCCACAAAGUGUCAGAAAAGCUGUCUACGCCAAACGUGUUUAUUCUUAACAAUCGAUGGGAUGCCUCGGCCAACGAGCCUGAGAGUAUGGAGAUGGUUCGCAAGCAACACCUUGAAAGAAAUAUUGCCUUUCUAGUUGACGAACUGAAGGUGUACUCGACCCGAGCAAAGGCCGAAGAGCGGGUUUUCUUCAUAUCUGCAAGAGAAGUUCUGGAUACGCGAAUUCGUAAGCUUAAAGGCGACGGCCAGUCAGCAGUAUAUGUGGAAGGCUACCAAGCUCGUUAUUUCGAGUUUGAGGAUUUCGAACGCAAGUUCGAGAAAUGCCUAUCAGAGACUGCCGUAAAGACCAAGUUCCAGCAACACUGCGAGCGUGGCUACGAGAUUGUGCAAAGUGUCUAUAACGUCAUGAACAAGGCAUACGAGGGCGCUGCAAGGCUGAAAAAGGACAAACAGCAAGAGCGUGAUGAGCAUUCAGAAAAAUUAGAGCAUACGAAGCAACAGAUGGCAAUCCUCACUGAAGAAACGAAACAUCGCAUCGAGCAGCUUGUUGAACAGGUGGAGUGCCAAGUGACCCAGGCUCUCUCCGAGGAGAUUCGCAAGCUGAACGUGCUCGUCACAGAAUACGAACGACCGUUUCACCAUGAUCCGGCGUUGUUAAACCUCUACAAGAAAGAACUACAUUCGUAUGUCGAAAAGGGCCUUGGCUCGAAUCUCAAGGCACGUCUCAACGUGCAGCUGCAAUGUUCAGUCGAGACGUCGCAGAAGGAUAUGGUGUCCCGGCUCGCUACACUUAUCCCCGAUCAACUGCAGUCGCAAAUGCAGAAUGCCUUGCCACGGAAUCACUUCGAGCCGUUAUACCGCCUCAAUUGUGAGUCUCUCUGCGGGGAUUUUCAAGAAGACCUCGAGUUUCGGUUCUCGCUCGGCUUGACGGCACUGAUCAACCGCUUUCUAGGUCCACGCCGCGCAAAUCAUCCACUGCUAGGUCAGAGUCCAGUGCCGCGACCGCUUUCGGCCGGUGCGUUGACUCCUAGCGAACGGGCUUUUGGCACUGAGAUGCCGCUAACGCCGCUUAGCAUGCCCGCCGAAGACUACCUGGCUGUUAUCUCGAAGAUCGCUUUGCUGUCACCAACAAGUCAGACUGCGGUCGGCAUUUUCGCUAUUGCAGGACUGGUUGUGCGCACUGUGGGGUGGCGCCCCAUUAUCGUCUCAUUAGGUGCAUAUUGUUUGGUCUAUGCAUACGAGCGUAUGACGUGGACGAAUAAAGCGAAAGAAAAAGCCUUCAAGAAACAGUACGUCCGUCACGCUUCCAGCAAGCUGAAGCUUAUCGUUGAACUCACGUCGUCGAACUGCAGUCACCAGGUGCAGCAAGAGUUGUCGGGGACAUUUGCAAGAUUGGGCCAUUUAGUUGACGAAGUGGUUACAGACAUCGAAGCAGAUAUCAGCCGCCUGGACGGAUGUAUCGCCGAAGCUGAGGAAGCGGAGGACCAAGCGCGUCUUCUGAAGAACCAAGCCAACUUUCUGCGAGCUACACUGGACAAAUUUAGCGAAGAAUAUCUUCGUCAAGAUGAGUAGUAGAAUCCCGAACAAGACGCACAUACAACGACAACGGUAGAUUAGGUUGGCGAUGGGAAUGCAACAGAAAAGAACUACAGUUUGGCUACGACCUUCACCAAAAAUUCUCUGAUGACCUGGAACAUUGGAACUGAAGAUUGGAAUAAGGGCAACGGCAUUUUGAGAAGCAACCAUGGCGCAAAUACCUGUUCCUACUAGGAGUAACAGUUACUGCUAGAAGUGAUAUGCUGCGUGACAAUGGAAAGUACACGAUUGGAAAACGAAGAAUUUAUCCUUUUUUAAGCAGGUGACAGCUACUUGGCUCGAAUCUUCGAAAGUCGAAGCUCGUGCACGCAUAAAAAACAGCUUGAAAAAACGACUGAGUAAAAGUUUAGCUCUCUUAAUUUGAUACGAAAGAAUGACGCAUGCCCAAUUGCGGAAAUGAGAAGGCGGGUCGCCACGGAAAUUGUAGAUAGCAACCAGAGUGGAUUCUACCCCUCGAUAGGCGGGAAUUAAAUAUAGAUAAUAUUAGGCAUAAGUCUAAUUUACAGUUAUUGAAUGGUGGGAGCUGAGAACGAAUGGUGUAGAGCCUCUUUGCAGUGUUAACGUCAUUUGUAAUAAAUAUUAUAUGGAUAUAUGUAUUCUGACUUUAGACAAUGAUGACAAUUCAGUUACAGGCCCAAGAGUUCGGCAACACCUAUUAGUGAGAAUUCAUAUGUUACUGUCAAUAGAAUACUUUCCAUCUUUUCUAUAGGUAGAAUUAGAAGACCACCUAAACCAACUGAAAAACGUGUAUACAAAUUGGAUUUUUUCCUCAACAAAACGUAAUGAUUACCGCUUAUGAUAGAUGGCAGGUUUCAUUUAAUAACUACUAUAUAGUUAGGCAAGGAACAUAUUUCGUCUAGUUCUUAACGACUAAAUUGAUGAGCUUCUUCAAUUUCCAGAAAGCAAAUUUCAUAAUUUAAUAAAGCGUAACGACGCAAUCGACCAUUUAGAAUCGAAAACCAAACAAAUUAGCUGUGCACUCCACGCCAGAAAAAAAUAGUACACAUUUUAACUACAUCGCUAAUGAAAAAGCGCACAUUUGGCGUGAAUGCACAAAUACCCACAAGGCAUAAAUACAGUUUUGAGGACUUAACUUAGUAAUUUUUCAACUCAUUAUCUAGAAUUAGCACGCUGGACUAUUUUUAUUCUGUUGUACUAAGAAAGCUUUAUUAAUGGGAAUGUAGGAAGUACCAACUGAAUUUAAGGUCAUCUACAUUUUACAUGCAUGCAUUUAUCAUAACGUUUGAAAGACAACGGUCAUCGGGUGCUCUUUUUUUCACUCGAUAUUGAUUGGGGUCUAUUGUUAAUUUUUUAUUGUUAAUCAUGAUCCAUUAUAUUUAAAAACAAGUAUUAUAGGAAACUGAAUCGCAAUAUUAGGUAUUAUUGUUAGUUGACGAUUAGCUUUUCGUAAGCGCGGUUUUAAUAAGGACAUACUUUACCACAGACAAACUUUCAUAUUUGAUGGAUUCGGUAUCCUAUUAGUCAACUGUAAAAUGUGUUCGGCUGUUUACGACAGAUGGCGAUAGAUCUUUCAAAAUUUUUAGUGCAUCUAGUGAACGCACAUUUUGCUGACAAAAAAAGAAACAUUUUGCUAUGUUUCUUUUUUUUUUUUGUCAAGUGCUAAAGCGGUCGCUGCAGAGUUUUUGCUCGUGCCGUUCCUGACAUAGUGGUUAUCACCCUAUAUAAAUUCAUUUUCUUGCGAGCACAACUUUUGCUAUUAAGGACACGAUAUGCAUAAAUUUUCAAGUGUAUACAACUGCAACAAAGCGGUAUUCUCGUGUUCGCAGAGUUAGCUCUAUUCAACAGUAGUACAAAAUUAUCGUCGUCUUACUAGAAAAAUGAUUACGGUCAAAAAAUUUGGUUACUCAGGUAAGUUUUUCGGGCCUGUUUCAAUCACUUCUUAGACUGUUACACCAGGUCUCUUAAUCGGGAACUUUCAAUCGAGACCUUUUCAUAGUUUGGUUGAAUUUCUAAUUGCUAAUCCUAGCUAAUUAAAGAUCAAUAUUAUUUGUAUGUUUGGCGCUUCUAUUUAAUGGCUAAAACAGCCUUGAACCGGCCCAUCGAGGCUUAUAGGUUCGACACUGAAUGACUAUGACAAAAACCCAGAGAUUAUCCAGUCAUUUCUCGGACAACUCCUGCUACUCGUUUCAUUCCUUUUCCGCGCUCACGCUCUUGUGAAAGGCGAAAAUUAGUCUUUUUUAGCAAAGAAAAUAGAAAAGACUCUAAGGAUCCAUAAGAAUACCGUCAUGUAACCUUUCCAUUUUAGGCGCUCUUACUACCACUGAUACUUUACAUUGCAUUUUCUACGGAAAAAACGUCGUACGAGACGGAGCGUAGCGCAGCAUGCCAACCAUUAAGUUGCCCCUUCCUUUAUCUUACGCAAUGCAACGCUAGCGCGUCUUACGUUGGUCGAAGUCGGAUGUAGUUGUGUAGGAGUAAUACUCUACCGUUUUGAGAAAGGGACAGUUUGGCUUUGGCAACACCCUCAGCGAGGUUUGCGGCCUUCGUCUAACAGUCUUUUUUUUUUCUACUGUCCAAUUUGUCUCAUCUCCUCGACUUAACUUUACGGUAAUAAUAGAAAUAUUGAAUAAUCUUCUUAUUGUUAAGUUGUCGACAAUCAGGUCAUUAAUAAAUUUAAAUGUAAAAAGUUUGUAAUAGUUGAGUGCGUGUUUGUUUUAGACUUGACGUCGUCUUUUGCUGCCGUUAUAAAUAUAUAUAUAUAUAUAGUUAAUUUGAUAACGGUUCCGGUGAUUACUUAGCCACGACAGACAGGCAGCAUUCUACAAAAGAAGCCCUUACGACUUGUCAUCGAUAUCAUAGUUGCUAGGUUGUCAUUAUAGUAGUAUAGCCAUCAUGACUAUUUUUCUAACUGUAUUAACCCAUCGGACUUUAUCAUCGUGUAACAUGUUUCGUUUACGCCUUUUUGCCAAAUCUUAAGUGGAGACAAGUUUUAAUUGCAUUAAACAAGCCCUUGUAAAUGUUAAAAUUUCUUUUGACUGCGGUAUUGUUGAUUAGAAUAGAAAGUUUGCAUAUGCUAACAGUGGAGUUGCAAAAAUAACAUUAAACAUAGCUAAAUCGAGGCUUGCUCAGCUUUUGGUUGUAUGCAGAUCUUCUGCCCGGCCGGCGAUUGGCGAUUUCCUUAAGAUCCUUUACUUUAGUCUGCUUGUUGUCACUUAACCUAUAAUCUCAAAAUAAUGAAAUCCGAUGAAUUUGCCGUAACUCAUUAUCUCCGUAAAGCCAUGUCAUAUCUUAUACAUUGCAAUGAAUGCGACGUUUGUAAUUAGGCCGAAACAACUUGGAAUUAUUGUUAGUUAUGUUGUUUAUAGGUACAUACAAAUUGCAGUACCACUCCGCGGCAUGCGUAGCUAUGCGGCCUUACGUAAUGCAAACAAAAAACGAGACGUUUCAUGUCAACCAUUUAGCAAUACACGGCCUUUCCUAGAGUUCCUUAAAACUUAUUGCUACUAUUAUAAAGUAAGGUUUAGGUGGGCGGAAGAUGGUAAAUGUUUCCCACUAUUUUUCUAGCUAUUACUUCUGUUACUUAACAUGCGUAUUAAUCUAAACAUGAUUUAUAUAUCCCCACUCUUUCCUUUUUAUAUAUCCAUCAUUACAACAAGAAAUGAUCAUCAUCACCCAUGCUACAUAUAUCAUUACGUGGUCUCCUGUACGGCAAAGAUUAUUGUGAUGGAUGUUUUCCCGAUCAUCAUCAUAGCUAUCCCUUUAGCAAUAAAAUGUCCUAAUUAACAGCAUCUCUUCAGUAACCCUUGCCGUACUAAUCAACUAUCGUUUCAUUCCGGAUUUGUCAUCACGGAAAAUAUCGAUUGCAGUACAGUCAAUACACACGACCAAAUAUAUAUAGAUAUUCUGGAUAUAUGUAUCUUUUUAGUUUAUAGCAAUGAUAA